GGGCCGACAACUGUGGAAUGGGCCUUCAGACAACGGAUUUAGGGUUUUUUUAAAAAAAAAAAACAUGAAUCAUGAUCUUUUUGUACUUCGAUGGAGAAUUAUUACGUACUUACAUGAAAUCAACUACUCAUUGGACGUGACUAAAGACCAAGGAGCAUGUACUAAUUCUCCCGUCCACACGCUAUAAAUUAAGUAAAAUUUUUCGAGGAGAAUACAUAUUAGGUUUCCUAACCAAAAAUUGGAUCUUUGUUCGUUCUAAGAAGAAACUAGGGUUCCUAUUUUGAAUCUUCUAUCUGAGAGCUUAUUUAGCUUUAAAUUAUGAUGAUGAGAAUAAUUUCAAUGAGGAAAAGGACGAGAUCCAUCUCUAAACGCAAAAAAAAACAUAAGAGUAACAACAACUGCAGGAUGGAUAGGAUCAGUUGCCUGCCAGAUGAAAUUCUUGUUUCUGUUCUGUCUCUUCUGGGAAUUAGAGAAGCAGCGCGCACUUGUGUGCUCUCAAAAAGAUGGAAACAUUUGUGGUCAUUUAACAGGGUUCUAAACUUUGAUGCUUCACAAACAGUUUUACAAUUUGAAUCCAAUACAGAGGCACUGUUGGGAGUAGAAAGAAGUAGGAACAUAAGUUGGGUGAACAAAGUGGUGGAGUCACAUUGUGGUUCAACCAUAGACGAGUUUAGAGUUUGUUUUUGUUUGAAUAGCUCUUCUAGUUGUGUCAUUGAUAGAUGGAUUGAGUUUGCAAUAACAAAGAGUGUUCAAAGGCUUGAGAUGGAGUUGGAACCAUCUGUCUUUUGCAAAGAGCAUACCGGUUUACCAUAUACUAUUACAAACCAGAGUUAUAAUAUUCUCUUCAAAAGCCCUGCUUGUUUAUCCAGCAUUAGGUCCCUAAGAUGCCUCUGUUUUUCGCGUGUGAACAUAAGUGGAGAAAUUCUUGAACGCUUCCUUUCCGAUUGUCCUCUUCUCGAAUCUUUACGAGUAGAAGACUCGGAACAUUUAGUGAAUUUAAAAGUUUUUGGUUCCUCACUUCGGCUGAAGUUCUUGGACAUAUCUCUAUGCCCCAAUCUGAAGGAUCUUGAGGUUUGUGCUACGAGUCUUGUGUCAUUUUCACAUUCUGGACUUAGCCAAAAAAUGAAUAUGCAAAUUAAGGAUGCAUUCCAGCUUGCCAAGCUGUCUAUUUCAAAUUUCGUUGAGCCAAUACGGAGUGCUUUUUUUCUUGUUUUCAAGCUACUUUUCGCAGCUCAAGACUCUUUCGUUGGGCAUGGAGAUGACUCGUGGGCAAAAGGGUAAUUCAGGAUUCCGAAAACUUCCUGAAUUUACUAAGCUCAAGUUCUUGACAUUGCAAGUUCUAGCAGAUCAAACUGCAAGCAUUCUCUGUUGGACUCCCUUGAUAUAUGCAUCACCUGUGCUGCAUAAGUUUAAAUUGCAGUUACAAUAUGUGAAGCCUUUGGGGGUGGAAGGAAAAAGCCGGCGUAAAAUUCCCAACCGUCCCCAUCAAUGUCUAAAGGAGGUGGAAUUGGCUGGGUUUGUUGGCUAUUUUAUUGACCUCGAGCUUGCCCACUAUUUUAUUAAGAAUGCCGUCAUGUUGGAGAAGAUUACUAUCGAAAGCCACUCUACACGUGUAUUGUCGAGACCAAGACCGUGGAUGUUUAAUGAAACCAAGGAGAAACAAUAUGCCAAAGAGCAGGCCAUGCAACUCCAAAAAAUUCUACCUGCAGGAGUCAAAAUGGAAAUUAUAUAAUCCUGCUCAACUGCAUUUUGCUGCUCAACAUUUAGUUUAUUAAUUUCAUUUUUCAUUUGCUAUUUAAGAGAGUUUGAUAGAGUAGAGAGUGGGUGUGAUCUUAUAAGUGAGCAUUUUGCUGCUGAAUAUUUCGUUUGUUAAUUUCAUUUUUCAUUUGCUAUUUAAGAGACUUUGAUAGAGUAGCGAGUGGGUGUGAUCUUAUGAGUUUUUGAUAUUGGACUCAUUAAUGUGUAAUUGGUUGAGGGGGAAUCGAAUCUAUGAUCAAUAAGAUCGGACACUUUAGGCUUGGCCUUUUUAUCGGCAA